CUUUUGGGAAUAUAAAAUACUGAUAAGAGCUUUCAGCUUCAGCCUCUUGCUUCCAAGCAAACCGUUCCGAUCAAAUCACACAUACCUUCUUCUUGUUCUUAAACACUUCCAUUCCUCGUUACUAUUUGUGCUGAAUCAAUUACAGAUGGGAUGUCUUGUGGGACUCAUGUACUACCUUUUUCAUGUGAAAAUCAUCAGUCUUCGGGAGGAGAAGAGGAUUCACCGCGAUUUCUCUGACCCCGACAUUAAUGAGGUUGACAUCUACAAGUUCGAUCCUUCUGACUUGCCUGGGCUUUAAGAAAGUGACUCCGACGAACAAGGAUGGUACUUUUCCUGUGAACCUUACUAUAAGUAUGCGAAGAGUAAACGUGCCAGCCGACGAACCGAUGGGGGAUACUGGAAAAUAACUGGGAGAGGUUGUGAUGUCAAGAAUAAAAGUGGCCGAGUCAUCGGCAGUGAAAAGAAUUUGGUUUUUUAUAGACUUGGUGUUGGUGGUGGUACUUCUAAGGAAGACAAGACUGACUGGGUUAUGCACGAGUUCUAUGUUAAGGAUGAGGACAACCCUCGUUAUAAGAAGGAUUUUGUUGUCUGCUUCAUAGAAAAAAAAUCAAAUAACAACUCUACCGUAUCAACUUCUGAUGAUGGUCAACCAGGUGACAGUUUGUCUUCUGUUUCUAUAAGCCAUAAUACAGAAGACCCUUACACAGAGGUUGAAUCUCAGACAUCAUACAGUCACAAUUUGAUUUCUGAUUCUGGAAAGAAUAUUACAGAAAAUUCUUUUUCAGAAGUGGAACCUCAACUACUACAGACUACCAAUUUGGUUACUGAUCCAGGAAGUUUGUUUCCAGAAAGUACAACCUCAGCGGUAGAACCUCAACUACUAUUCUGUGGCGAUUUUGUUCCCGACCAGAUGUAUCAUAUUCCAGAAAUUACUUGCCUGAUGCAGGUAGAUCCUCAACUACUAGCUGAAUCUGAUGCAACCAAUAGCUGUGAUUGGUUGAAUGACAGCCCUAUCCCUUCACCGCAGUUGCCAAUUAACCCAGACCACUACCAGGGGUUCAGUUCCUCCCCAUACUCACCAGGUUUUAGUGAUGAUUGUAAUGUGCAGGAUUUUCAGUUCGAUGGUGAGCUUGGAGAUGUGAUUUCACUAUGGGACCUCAAGAAUUAAUAAGCCUUGUGAAGAAGUAAUUGGACACAUUCCUCCUGCUCGCGAAGACAUUGAAACCAUCGGCUACACUUCAGUAGCAUGUGGACUGUAAACCACAUUGAAAUUCCGUAGGGGAAUAGUAUUACUGUGGUUUAUUAUCAUUGUAAGAAUGUUUCACUGUAUUUCGAGAUAUGUACUUGUUGAGAAUAAUGGUUGCAUCUUUUGUGACCUUUUUAACUCUGUCAGUUUGUAUUUCUAUGUAAUAUUAUGGCCAAAUUCUGGAUACUUGGGAGCUUGUUUAACGGGAACGCUAUUCAUCUGUCCAUGUACAAAAUAUCCAUUAUGGAAUUUGUCAUAGAAUUUCCAUCUAUUUUCUCCAAUGAAUGUUGCUCUUAGAGCUUCAAUUGUUUUUAUCU